AUGGCGGAUCUUAACACGGCGGCAUCCUUCCCUCACUUUAAGAAGGAAGGAGAUUACUACCGUCUGAUCAUCGACGGCGAGGCCUUCCUUAUUAUAGGAGGUCAGGUUAAGGCGUCUGCUUCCUCAUCUGCUGCCCACAUGGCUCGUCAGUGGCAGAAGAUCCAAAGACUCGGUAUAAAUACUGUGUUACUUGUCAUCUCUUGGGAGGCUUUUGAGUCGACAGAGGGCCGAUUUAACCGUGACUUGGUUAUGACUCUGAUUGCACAAGCCGGCUCAGCUGGCAUACGAGUACUACUCACUUGGUACGGUUCUCUGAAGGGUGGCACUGGAGACAACUUGACUAGCUAUGCACCUAGCUGGAUCAAGAUGGACCCUGCGCGCUUUCCCAGGAUGAAGGGCCGUGAGGGCGGAUACAACGACAACGGCGAAAUGAAUGGAUGGAAGGUGGUAAGUACGCCUUCGGUGUCACUCUUUGGCCCUGAGUUUCUCAGGGCUGAGAGGAAGGCGUACUAUGAGUUCAUGAAGCAGGUCAAGGCCGCUGAUCCUGACCACAACACCAUCAUCAUGCUGCAAAUUGGCAGUGAGAUGGGUCACCUGUCUUGGACCAGAGACGUGUGCGACGAAGCCUUGACUGCUUUCGAUAAGGAUGUUCCGGAUAACUUUUUGAACUUUCUCGUCCAGUCUGGCUCGGAGCUCUCUGAUACCAAUCCUCACUGCUGGGAGGAGUUCGCCAACAGUUCAGAAGGCACCGAUGAGGUUUUUACAACCUACCAUGUUGCCACACAUAUAAAUUCACUGGCUGGGAUUGCCAAAAGGGCUUUCCCAGUUCCGGUCAUUGUCAACAUCGCUCUUGAAGCCGCUGAGGGCAGGAAGUACGGUGCCCCUCAACCUGAGACCUUGCAUCUCUGGAAGGCCUUUGCUCCCAACAUCGAUCUCUAUGCACCGCGCAUGACGCUUCUUAACCCAUACGAAAAAACCUGCGAGGCGUGGGGCAUGAAUGCGAACCAACCCCUCCUUGUCCAGGCCCACCCCCAGGAUGAUGAGCACAUUCGCCAACUUUGGACCGCUUUCGGAUCCCAUGGCGCUAUUGGAGUUGUUCUUUCUACCAUCGAACAGGUGGUGAUUCAGGGCGGAUCCACCAUUGCCAAUCACUCUGCCCUCUUACGCCAGGCCGCCCCCUUUCUCUUGAAUGCUCAAAACCAACGCUAUCCCCACAUAGGAAUAGCUUUUGGUUAUCCGAAUGAGACCGAUCAGCUACAGUUCAAGUCUGGAGAUUUCGACAUCACCAUCAAGAAGCUUUCGCUGGGCGGCUUCCGUGGAGGAGGCCACGGUCUUGCCAUCAGCCAGGACAACGGCAAGGUUUUGCUCAUCGGCUGUGGCUUCGAAGUCAGGGCCAAGUCUCAUCUGUCUGAAUCUGAUGGAGUGAAUGUCACCCGCAUUCUCAGCUUCCAUGAAUUAGAGAUUGACGAGGAAGGUGGCUUGCGCACCCUGCGCAUGUUCAACGCCGACGAGACUAACGGCGGUAGAGUUGCCAAGAUGGAUACUGUGACCCCCAUGAUAGCAGAGGUCCAGUUCUACUGUAUAAAGGAUUGA